CAGCCUGCAAACUACAAGUCCCGUCGGGCUCCGCGUCAGAGCGCUUCCGUCUCGCGCGUACUGUCCUGUCCCGGCCGAAGGCCGAGGGGGCACGAUGGAACGAGCGGGAGACGCUGCCGCUCCCGGGCGGCCGCGGGCGGGAGGCUCCGCCAAGGACCCUAGACACGUGUCUCGAGCAUGAGCUCAGGCAAGAGCGCCCGCUACAACCGCCUCUCCGGGGCCCCGACGGGCCUCCUCUCCCCAGACAUCACCUCUGGGACCAGAAUGGAGACCACCUUUGGACCCGCCUUCUCGGCUGUCACCACCAUCACAAAAGCGGACGGCACCAGCACGUACAAGCAGCACCGCAGGACGCCCUCUUCCUCCAGCACCCUGGCCUUCUCCCCGCGAGAUGAGGAGGACAGCAUGCCCCCCAUCAGCACUCCCCGCCGCUCGGACUCGGCCAUCUCCGUCCGCUCCCUACACUCUGAGUCCAGCAUGUCCUUGCGCUCCACGUUCUCGCUGCCCGAGGAGGAGGAGGAGCCGGAGCCGUUGGUGUUUGCCGAGCAGCCUUCGGUAAAGCUGUGCUGCCAGCUGUGCUGCGGUGUGUUCAAGGACCCGGUGAUCACCACAUGCGGGCACACCUUCUGUCGGAGAUGCGCCCUCAAGUCAGAGAAGUGUCCCGUGGACAACGCCAAGCUGACUGUGGUGGUGAACAACAUCGCUGUGGCCGAGCAGAUCGGAGAGCUGUUUAUCCACUGCCGGCACGGCUGCCGGGCGGUGGGGGCUGGUAAACCCACCACCUUUGAGGUGGACCCCCGGGGCUGCCCCUUCACCAUCAAGCUCAGUGCCCGCAAGGACCACGAGGGCAGCUGUGACUACCGGCCUGUGCGGUGCCCCAACAACCCCAGCUGUCCCCCACUCCUCAAGAUGCACCUGGAGGCCCACCUCAAGGAGUGUGAGCACAUCAAGUGUCCCCACUCCAAGUACGGGUGCACGUUCAUCGGGAACCAGGACACAUACGAGACUCACCUGGAGACAUGCCGCUUUGAGGGCCUGAAGGAAUUCCUGCAGCAGACAGACGACCGUUUCCAGGAGAUGCAUGUGGCGCUGGCACAGAAGGACCAGGAGAUCGCCUUCCUGCGCUCCAUGCUGGGCAAGCUUUCGGAGAAGAUCGACCAACUGGAGAAGAGCCUGGAGCUCAAGUUUGAUGUCCUGGAUGAGAAUCAGAGCAAGCUCAGCGAGGACCUCAUGGAAUUCCGGAGGGAUGCCUCCAUGCUGAACGACGAGUUAUCUCACAUCAACGCACGGCUGAACAUGGGCAUCCUGGGAUCCUAUGACCCUCAGCAGAUCUUCAAGUGUAAGGGGACCUUUGUGGGCCACCAGGGUCCCGUCUGGUGCCUCUGUGUCUAUUCCAUGGGUGACCUCCUCUUCAGUGGCUCCUCAGACAAGACCAUCAAGGUGUGGGACACCUGCACCACCUACAAGUGCCAGAAGACACUGGAGGGCCACGAUGGCAUUGUGCUGGCGCUCUGCAUCCAGGGGUGCAAGCUCUACAGCGGCUCUGCGGACUGCACCAUCAUCGUGUGGGACAUUCAGAACCUGCAGAAGGUGAACACAAUCCGUGCCCACGACAACCCUGUGUGCACGCUGGUGUCCUCCCACAACAUGCUCUUCAGCGGCUCCCUCAAGGCCAUCAAGGUGUGGGACAUUGUGGGCACUGAGCUGAAGCUCAAGAAGGAGCUCACCGGCCUCAACCACUGGGUGCGGGCCCUGGUGGCCGCCCAGAGCUACCUGUACAGUGGUUCCUACCAGACAAUCAAGAUCUGGGAUAUCCGCACCCUGGACUGCAUCCAUGUGCUGCAGACGUCAGGGGGCAGCGUCUACUCCAUCGCUGUGACCAGCCACCACAUUGUCUGUGGUACCUAUGAGAACCUCAUCCAUGUGUGGGACAUCGAGUCCAAGGAGCAGGUGCGCACCCUGACAGGCCAUGUGGGCACCGUGUACGCCCUGGCAGUCAUCUCCACGCCAGACCAGACCAAAGUCUUCAGCGCCUCUUACGACCGGUCCCUGCGGGUCUGGAGCAUGGACAACAUGAUCUGCACGCAGACCCUGCUGCGUCAUCAGGGCAGUGUGACCGCACUGGCAGUGUCCCGGGGCCGCCUCUUCUCAGGGGCUGUGGACAGCACUGUGAAGGUCUGGACUUGCUAACAGAGGCCCCAGGCGACUCUUGACUUCCUCUGGACAUUCCCUGUACCCACCAAGCUGACUGGCCACGCUCUGGACUUGGGGCUACUGGCUGCUCAGGGCCGGCGGGCAGGAUUGGGCACAGUCCCCCCAAGAUGGACCGUGGGCCUUUUUACUCACCUUUUCUACUGUUUUUAGACUGUACAUACAUUGAUUACUUCCUGGUGGAAAUAAAAGUGCCACAGACUGUG